GACUUAUCUAUUAAACGUCACAGUGGAUAGGUAGUCACGUGACUGUUUGGUGAAAAAUGUCAACAUUCCAUGUUGAGAACUAAACUGACUAAUUUACACAGUAUGAGGUCGUAGAAUUGUGGUAGUUUAACUUGGACCAGAUCGACCAUGGCUUUUCGUAGGGAGAAAAUCGCUACCCUGGUGAUCCUUGAUAUGGAAUGCACUGGGCUGAUUAACCCUGGGGCUAGACCAAGGGUGACAGAACUUUGUCUACUAUCAGUACAGAGGGAGGAACUCAUGACGCCCUUGGGGCUACCCCGAGUUUGUAAUAAGCUGGUGAUGUGCAUCAACCCCAACAAGAUGAUUGACCCUGAGGCUAGCAGAGUGACAGGUUUAUAUAAUGAUGCAUUGGAGACUCAAUCCCCAUUGAACGAGGACACUAUUUCCUCCAUAUCGCUGUUUCUCGCGAGACUUCCUCAACCAAUAUGCUUGAUAGCCCACAACGGAAAUGGAUAUGACUUCAAAAUUCUGAAUGCAGAGCUAAAAAGAAUUAUGAGCGCAUUGCCAGGUGAGAUUUACUCUGCAGAUUCAUUGGAGGCUCUUCGUGCACUGGAUUCAGAAGCUGCAGAUAAAAUAUCAGAUUCAGCAGGAAAUAUCAACAAUGGCACCAAUACAGGGACCCCCAUUGGCCAGAACAUCCCAGAGGUGCCUGAGCAAGUGAUUGAUGUUAAAGGUCGUGUGAGGCAAAUUAAACGCAAAUGUGAGGCAGAUUUUGACAGAGUUCCAAUACAGGCAAAAUCUGUCCGAAAAAGACUAUUUGACUCGGCAGGAAAGGGAGACGAGGUAAAAAAUGAGGAUCCACUUGAUUUGACAGGACGAAAGUCUGUAGGAUCAAGCUUGAAAAUGUCAGCAGAUGUUGUAAGCAAGAGAAGUACUUGUGAUGUAGAGUCAGUCAAAAAACGGCUGAGUUUCGAUGAAGAUGAUGAUGAGGAUGAUGAGUGUGAUGAAGAAAAUAAAGAUAUAGACAUGUUAGACUUGGAUGAAAAUCAGAAAAAAACUGAAGAUGUUGAUGGCAGUUUGCCUGAUAUGGACUUUUUACAAGCAGUGGAGCAUGUAGAAAACGCCAAAGGGAAUUUCACUGCAAAAUCAGAAUCUUGUGCCUCUUUAAAUUGUGCAACCCCAGUAUGUCAUACUAAAGUUUCAGAUUGUGUGACUCCAAAAGAAAAAACAGUGAGUGUUUUAGCAAACUGUGAGGGUCUGUGCACUCCAGAGACCCCCUCAACAAACAGCCAACAGACCAUGUCUACCCCACAAAAAGAUCAGUGCCUUACCCCAAAGAAAGGCCAAGUUCUCACCCCUCAAUCAGAGCAAUGUCUCACCCCAGUUACAGGCCUAGUACGCUCAACAGCAGCCUUUCAACUCAACACUCCAGUCAGCAGAAGUAAUGGAGAUUCUAUUAACAACUUGAAAAAGAAAGCCGUCCCUAAUGGAAUAGCUUGUCGUUCACUCUUUAGAUCUGCUGCUAAUAAUUCGUCAUCAAGAUGCAGACCAGGGACAUCUCCUGUUUCUCAUUUCCCCAAAAGGUUCUCUUACAAACUUGGUGAUGUAUACAAAAGAAUGUUUGGACAAGACCCUUAUAACUUGCAUAGUGCGGAAACAGACUGUGUCACUCUGAUGAAGAUCGUCAAACAGCGGUCUCCUGCUUUUAUCCAGUGGGUUGACGAGCAUGCUGUUUUGUUAUCCUCUAUAGAACAUGCAUAUUGAGUUCUGCAUUUCUAGGUUUGAUAAUAAUGAAAUGUUUUUUAUUCAUUAUUAAACAAAGGACCCGUUUUUAGAUUGAAAUUUUUAGUGUACUUGAAUUGACGUGCAACUUUGCUACGGAUUAUUCUUAGGCAUUUUUUUUUUAUUGUGAUUUACUCUUUACAGAUUGUUAACCGUUAUAUUUUACGUCAUUUUAAAUAUUUUUUACUGCAAGUGAAUUUUGAUACAUGCACAUAUAUUUUUGUCCUAACCACUUUUUUCAUGUUGAAUUUUUUAUCAAUAGUACCCACCUCAUACAUACCAGCUGAUUUCAUUAUAGUCUUGGCCUCGUUUAUUAGAAUGCCGACUGUAGCUCAGUAAACUGAGUAAGAAUGAAUGUUAAGAUACUGCUUUAGUAUAUAGUCAAUUUACAUAGAAUCAAUUAGCCAUGAUAUUUAUAUCAUCUGUAGGGGUAGUUUUUUGAUAAUAAUAUAGAUUGCAUCGUCGGUUACCCACGGGUGCUUCUAUUCGAUUAUCUCCAUCAUGAGGGAGCGUGAGUGGACUCAAAACUGUGGUUUGCGACGAUGUAUAGAUUGUUAAUUGGGUAAUUGCAUGUCUGUUCAUGAAUGCAGUUUAGUUUACUUGUAGUCUUUAACAGAAUUUGUGUGUCUGGUAAUCAUCAUGGUUCCAUUUUUUUCUCCUGUUACAACCUGUGUCUGUCUGACUAAGCCAGCCCUUACUAUUCUGCUUGUACCUAGUCUGUGUAAAACUGUUGCAGUCAUUUCCUCUCAUGGCAUCGAACAAUAUUCAUACAUUUUGUAACAGUUGCACUUCAUUGCACUUCUGUUUUUAUCUUUUCUUCAGAGAAGAGGUUAGGAGAUUUAUAACAAAUAUCAUAAAAUUGCCAAAUUAUUUUGCAAACUUUUCAUGUACAGUACGUAGGUUUGUAGAGACCGUGAAAUACUUCAAGCAGUAACUUAUCAGGGGUCAUUGAGACUACACUAGAAUGUGGUACUAGGAUUAAAUACUUAAUGUACGAAUUUUACAUGUUAUAUCGUGUAUUAAAUACAAGUCAUUACCCAACAGCUGUGAUACAAUGGGCAUUUAAAUCAGAUUUCCUGCACCUCUUAAUCAUGGUUAUGAAGUCCAAUACCAUUGAGUACUAUAAUCUAUUUGUAAAAAACUGUUUUGAUUUGACUGCGGUUUUUUUAUGUUUGGGUGUUUUAGAUGAUUUGGAGUGAUAGAGUUGUGCUAGACUGACUGAAUGUUGACCAUUGUUGAUCAGAUUAGCUGUUAAGUUUAAUAUAGUAUAUUUAUAUAUGUAAAUACUUCUUAAUUUAUUCCAUUUCAGAAGGACCAGUGUAAGAAUAUGCUUUCUGUUUAAAAUAAAUUGUUAACACUACAA